AAUGAUGCGCAGCCAUUAGAAUUCCCUGAUAUAAGUGAUGUUCCUCACACGCUUAAUGCUAGCUACUUUGGGAGUUUUCCAGUUGAAAGAAAACCCAUGCUUGAAGUUAUUACAAGUUUGAGCAUUAAGUUUAGUCUGCAAAAAUCAUUGGCUGCAUUUGAUAAUGAUCCCACAUUUAUCAUGAAAGACUGCUUCGAAAGUCCAUUACAUUUUUGGAAUCUUGAACUUACAGAUACUGAUAAAGAGCAACGAUAUGAUGCCGAAUUGAAAUUAAGUUUUAAUGUGUUAUGUAAACUGAGAAAGGCAACUGUUGAAAAACUAGAGAACGAUCGACAAAAAAUAUUCUCUAUUUGUCAAAAUGUUCGUCGAUCAAGAAUUGCUGGAUCAGUCACAUCACUAGUUGGAGGAGGUUUAGCAGUAAUUGGUCUUGGGUUGAUACCAGUCACUUUUGGAGGCUCAAUAGCAUUAUCUGUUAUAGGAGCUGGUGUAGGAGUAGCUGGUGGGGCUGUAUCUAUAGCUUCUACUGUAACAGACAAAUUGAUUUCUAAGCAUAAACUUAAGAAAGCCAAAGCAGUAAUAGACGUUGACAAACAGCUGAUGGAGCAAGUAAAUGAAAUCUUUAUGGAACGAUACGCAAGCAUAGCAAUAAAAGAAGAAGCUGUUGCAUUUAUACUUCAAAGUCGCCAGUUGCUAAGAACUGGAGCUGUUGCUGCUACAAGUGGAGUACAAGUAGCAGCUCGAUCGGCAUUCCAUGGUGGUGCGUUUACAUUGAGAGUGACUGGAGCGGCAACAAGGGGAGUUGUUAUAGCAGGAGGAGUAGCUACUGUCCUCACUGUGCCACUAGAUCUUGGUGAAUUGAUUUAUAAUUCUGUCAAGCUGUACAAUAAAUCAGAAACUAAAGCUACGAAGUGGUUUGAUGAGCAAUUAGAUAUGUUACGUGCGACUCUGGAAAAACUACAGACCCAAAAUAAUUACUGUGAGACCAAUGACAUACUAAACGAACAUGCAGUGCUAGAAGAAGGAGAAGUUUAAGUAUCUAGUUAUGUGCAUGCUAAUUGUUAUUGUUAAUAUUAAGUUUUAUCAGGAAUGCAUAGUUUCAUAGAAUUGAUGUUAGUUACAAUGUUACAUGCUUUGUGAUGCAAGAAUGCAGACACAUUAUUCUUGAUUGUUAGUUUAAUAUUUUUAUCUCUGUGA